CUGCGCAUGCGCGAAUUACCCUCCACCGCGUCGGAGAAAACGCGUGCGCGCGCACUGACAGCUGUCCCAAUGAUAUCUACUGACGUGUCCAGUGGUAACACAAUACCGCAGAACAACCGAACGAAAAAGCCGAAAAAGAAGAAGAAACACCGCAAAGUGACCACAGAGGUGAUUCCUAGUGUUGAGCUCGGGCCCCAGAUCCAGACCUCAGAUGAUGUGUGUCACAUCCUCACUAUUCACAGAGCCACCACUCCACCAGACACACCACCCUCUCCUCCUCUCAAUCUCUCUCAGAGCCCUCCAGACCUUCAGCCUGUAGCUCCAGAUGGCCAUGCUAUACCUCCAGACAUUCACCCUAUGGCUCCAGACGUUCAUGCUAUAUCUCCAGACGCUCACCCUGUACCUCCAGACAUCCAUGCUGUACCUCCAGACAUUCACCCUGUAGCUCAAGACGUUCAUGCUGUACCUUCAGACGUUCACCCUGUGGCCCCAGAUGUCCAUGCCUUAGCUCCAGACCUUCAACACGUAGCGCCAGACCUUCAACACGUAGCGCCAGACCUUCAACCCACAGCUCCAGUCCAGCGCUCAGCCCCGAUCACGGUCCCCGUUACAGCGCUUCCUUCUCCAUACAUCCUCUCAUCAUCAGAAGCAUCCAGCGCUUCUAUACCUCCUUCACUGGGCCUACCUUCUGCUCUCUCCAGCACUCCUCCUACUCAGAUCGCCCCUUCCCCACUAACGUCUCCACCUCAGGCUCUCAGCCCACCUCCGCCCGAUUUCACCCCCCCGCCCGCAGAGCUCCUCGGAUCUGACGACGAAGAGCAGGAGAAUCCUGGAGACUACUGUAAAGGCGGUUAUUACCCAGUAAAGAUCGGAGACCUGUUUAAUGGCAGAUAUCACGUAGUCAGGAAGCUGGGAUGGGGUCACUUCUCUACCGUGUGGCUCUGCUGGGAUCUUCAGCGGAAACGAUUUGUGGCCCUAAAGGUGGUUAAGAGCGCUCCACAUUACACAGAGACUGCACUGGAUGAGAUCAAACUACUGAAAUGUGUUCGAGACAGCGACCCCACAGACCCUAAACGGGAGACGAUAGUUCAGCUCAUCGAUGACUUCAAGAUAUCCGGAGUCAAUGGUGUUCAUGUGUGUAUGGUGCUGGAGGUGCUUGGGCACCAGCUGCUUAAAUGGAUUAUCAAGUCCAACUACAUGGGCCUGCCUCUGGUGUGUGUGAAGAGCAUCCUCCGUCAGGUUCUGCAGGGUCUGGAUUACCUGCACACCAAGUGUAAGAUCAUCCACACCGACAUCAAGCCAGAGAACAUCCUGCUCGACGUGACGGACGUGUACGUGAGGCGCCUGGCUGCUGAGGCUACGCUGUGGCAGAAAGCUGGAGCUCCGCCUCCGUCUGGCUCCUCUGUUAGCACGGCUCCAAGGGACAAACAGACGGGCAAGCUGUCUAAAAACAAAAAGAAGAAGCUGAAGCGGAAGGCGAAGCGGCAGCAGCGGUUGCUGGACGAGAGGCUUCAGGACCUGCAGAGGAUGGAGGAGCUGGACGGACUCGCCCCACCGGAUAGUUGUGGAAAUGCCCGGAUGCUCUGGAAGCUCAGCGAAAACGAGGACGAGACGGAAACGCCCGCACAGAUGAGCAGUAACGGGUAUCACGCACCGGGCAUGAAGGGUAGUCCGGAGUCCGGAUCAUCAUGUUGCGAGGACGGAUAUAACGGCUACGGGCCUCUCCGUUUCUCCAGCCCUGGAUCUGCUCUCUCUGGCACGUCAAGCUCCAUACUGUCUGCUACCUCCGAGUCUGCACUUUCCACACUGUCUGGGUACUCUACAGAACGAGACAGCCAGAGAUCCGGCUUCUCCCCAAACACGUUCAGUGCAGCGGAUUUCCUGGUGAACCCCCUUGAACCGCAGAACGCAGAUAAAAUCUGCAUCAAGAUCGCAGACCUGGGCAACGCCUGCUGGGUGCACAAGCACUUCACUGAGGACAUUCAGACACGCCAGUACCGAGCAGUGGAGGUGCUGAUCGGGGCCGAGUACGGUCCGCCAGCAGACAUCUGGAGCACGGCGUGUAUGGCGUUUGAGUUGGCCACAGGAGACUAUCUGUUUGAGCCUCAUUCAGGCGAAGACUACACUCGGGAUGAAGAUCACUUGGCUCAUGUCAUUGAACUCCUGGGUGCCAUCCCCACUCAUUUCGCUCUCUCAGGCAGAUAUUCACGAGAGUACUUCAACCGCAGAGGUGAGUUGCGGCACAUCAGUAACCUGAAGCCGUGGGGUUUGUUCGAGGUGCUGCUGGAGAAGUACGAGUGGCCGCUGGAGCAAGCGGCUCAGUUCAGCGACUUUCUUCUCACCAUGCUGGAGUUCGUACCAGAGAAACGAGCUACUGCGGCACAAUGCCUGCAGCACCCCUGGUUAAACUCCUAACACGCACACAUACACAGACUUUGUGCAGUUUUGGUAACCAGUGCACAGAUUUGAAACACUUUUCAGUCGGUAUUAAGGCUUAAAAGGAAAAAAAAAAAAAAAGCCAGAAGGAACAGUAUCAUGAGCACAGUUUUCUUAGCUAGAACCUCAAAUCUGUCAUUUUUAUAACUAUUUAAAAAGAAGCCUUGAUCUCUCUCUACACGGUGCAGAUGGAAGUCCGAGGCGUGUGUGCGUACGUGCGUGAGGGGGGGUCGACGGUUUUCAUCCUCCGGUGUGUCAUCUCAAUGUGUAGGACGGUCAUACGGUUUAUAUUUUACAAUAGUGCCUUGAUGCCCUAAGCUUCAAACAAACAGAAACAAAAGAAAUAUAGAUAAAUAUAUAU